AUGGUGAAAACACUUCCAAAUUGUGCUCUCCUGUUUCUGCUCCUCGUCAUAGGUCGGUUUUAAUCGCAACGUUUUGAUACAACAAGUCUUUUGUCAAUAGGACUGACUCAAUGUGAACAGAGGGACGAGGAAGAAGUGGAGAAAAAGAGCCAGACGGCGGACAUCGUCUCGAACAUUGCCUACUUCCACAUGCUCGGCUGCUAUGCGAGUGCCGGACACAAGAAUCCGCUGAACAGUUUGUUGCGAUUGGUAAAAGACCGUUUCCAACUGGCCGGCUCCCACUUGGGCAUGCUUUCAGAGCCUCGACGAGUCGCUCUACCCGUACGCCAAGUACCGUGCGGCCGCGUGUCUCUCCGACCGCCGUCUCUCGGUCCGCCACAAUAUCACCGAGGUGUUUCUGGUCAGUGACAUCGAGAAGAGCCAGCUGAACGCAAAAGCUCGCGAGCGAAUGCGCACCGACUCGGACGCCUUUCUCGAGGUCAAUGAGCAGGUAAUGAGCAGUCGCUGUACGACUCGAGAAACAAGGCGAGACUCAUUGCAGGCGAGACUCAUGCACGCCGCCUUUUACACCGAUCAGUUCGGAUUGGUGUUCGACAACGAGACGAUGACGGAGAAGGCGGUUGUGGGACAGGCUCUCGACGGCACGUUCCGCUUCGGAUGCGAUAUGAGUGUGUGCAAGGAGGACGGCAAGCGCAAGGCCAUCACUGUCUGCCACUUUGUCAGGGGGUAUGUCAUCGCGAAUCGAACGGACCACCACAUCAUGAUCACUCAGAGUCCCAACUCCUCGCAGAACCAUCACUAAAGCUGAAGCCGAGCGGCGUACCAAAGCGGAAAACACGUAUUCCUCUUCUUUCUCUCUCUUCUCUCGACCCCUUUCUGUGCUACUUUUCUUGGCGUCUUUCAUUUGAAAAAAUAAAGUUUCUCUCUGCCUUGAUAAAGUCUUGACUGCAUAUCAGAGUUGAGCGGAAAUGGAAUUUUGAAAUCCGGAAGACGGCAGACGGCAGACGGAAGAAAAUUUUUUUUUACGGAACACGGAAAACGGAAGACGGAAGACGGAACAAAAAAAUCCACGGAAGACGGAAGACGGAAGACGGCAGACGGAAUUCCGCUCAACUCUGCUGCAUAUAUUCUCAUUCCUAGCUCCAAUCAAAAAAUGUAGUUCGGUCUCGCCGAAACUUCUUCCGCUUCUCCUCUUUUAAUCCGACAAUAAUUCCAAAUAAGCGGAUUGAGAAACCGACACUUAAAUCAUUCGUACUUCUUCCGUCCCUCACCCCUACCCUCAAUUCCUGUGACACACUGUGAUACUCGACAAAACUAGCUUGAGAACUAGGAAAAUUCAGCAAAAAAAAAAUUAGCACUGAAAAAUCACUAGUCAUCCGAUCAAUUUCAGAUGCAGAAUGCGUGCCCGGCGUGCCAAACACCUUUCUGUUCGGCUAUUCGAAUGAUUUCGACGAGAAGACGGUGUUGGACACCAAGAAUCUGCUAUUGUCGAGAAUUGAAAAGUGGCAUCCGCAUUUUAUAAAGUUCGCGAACAUUCGAUUCGAUUUGGAGAGCCCCGAGCAAAUUUCGUAUCAUGAUGAUCUUUUGUGCGUGCGCUCUCUUUGAAACGUUCCCGGAAGUUUCGCCUUGCAGAAGUUUCAACCAAUCGAUCCUCUCUCACCUUCCGGAUCCGUUUCUCGGGCUGAGAACGCAAAAUGCUUCAACGGAUGUGAUCAAUGUGUUUUCAGUUUGUUUUUUCUGUAGAAAGGGGCGUGGCCUAAUCUGAGACGCGUUUUCUGAAAAUUGCCGCAAUUCCAGCACACUUUUCCGAUAUUUUUGUGUGUUUGAUAUCGACGAAAGAAAAAGAGAAAAAAACAUUGAAAUUUUCGUGAAAACGCCGCGUUUGCGACGUUUUUGCCAUAUUUCGCAAUACGCUCUCCGCGGCCAAUCGCCGCCGCAAUUUCGGAAUUUUCAUACCGGCCGAUGUGGAUAGUUUUGAGACGAAGUGAGUGUCGGAAGUGAUUAAGCACUGGUAAUACAAGCAUUUUAAACGUUCAAACGGCAAAAAGUGUCGGCGAAUGACUGAAAUUCGCGCAUUUUCAGCACAAAACUUGAAAAUCGAUUCAAUCGAUUCAUUUCUGAAUGAAACGUGCUCGUUUUAAGCUCAAAAAGUGCGCGAUGAUUAAUCUUUAAAAAGUUAUGCAUAUACAUCGUCGAAAUCGUACAAAAUUCGGGUAAUUUUUGACGAAAAACAUGAAAAAUGGCGUUAAAUUUCGAAUUUCGCGCCAAAAUGGUGAUAAACCGUGCACGCUAGGCGCCACGCCCCUUUCUACGUUUUUGGUCGCCGUGUGAUAUCGAUUGAUCUGUCUCACAAUCAGAAUUUCCUCGCCAACACUGAAGCGCCACUAUGCGGAUCUGUGCUCUACGUUCUUCUGAAGCGUGACGCUCUUUCAUACAAUCUCAAUUUGAUCGGAGCACUUCAAAAACAUCACAUCUUUAUUUUUUCAAUUGUUAGUACUCAUUUGGAGAAUGAUUAUGCUUCGGGUGCUAUUUGGGAUGUGACCGAAAAGACGAACGGAUUGUACGUGGUGGCGGAAGACGCGGCGAUUGUGAAUGUGAGUUCCAAAAUCUUUAAUGAUAUAUUUUUAUACUUUGGUUGGUCUAGGCGACAUACUGGAAUGCCCUAACUUUCAACUAUGAGCAUCCGAUUUACGCGUACCAAGAUACUGUUGUCGGAAGUGGAAUUUCGGAACUCCUUCCUCUCGAUAUGCCCAUUUUUGGUUCUAAAACUAUCAACACUAAUUGUGCCAUCUCUUUUGUGUCAUCAAGUUCGUCCGUACUCCCAAAAAAAAAUAGACUAAUAUUGUAAAACUUUAAGCCGACAGACGUGUCGACGACUUCAACUCUCUGGUUAUCAGUGUUCAGGACCGGGCGAGCGGCACCAAUUCGACCGUCCGUUUGACGCACACCAAUGUAAUACCUCUGACAAUUCGAUAUUAAUCUAAUUAGAAAGUUACUGAUCUAAACGCGACCUAAUUUUAGAUUCGACUGUUUUUUCUUGGCGCAAUCGAGAUUUGAGCCAGCAGACGGUUGGCGUCAAACUUGAUUUGAGCACUUAUUAAUCUAGCUAGAAGAUUUAUUAAUCUAGCUAGACAAUUUAUCAAUCUUAUUAGGCCGCCGUUACAUUAAUAACGAAAUGCCAGAGGGUUCAAGAAGCGGAAAUCCGUUUUUAUAGGAACACGAGUCAAGCCGCACUUUUGUGUUGUACCCGAUGAGCGCCGCCACGCACACCGUCACCUUGAUCUAUGAUUUUCCGACGGACGACAAUAUGCGUGUUCAGUUACGCAUCAGAGUUGAGCGGAAGUGGAAUUUUGAAAUACGGAAGGCGGCAGACGGCAGACGGAAGAAAAUUUUUCUUACGGAACACGGAAAACGGAAAACGGAAGAAAAUUUUUCUCACGGAAGAUGGCAGACGGAAGACGGAAGAAAACUUUUUUCCCGGAAGACGGCAGACGGAAUACGGAACAAAAAAAUCGUCAAUUCAGAGCCUUUUUUUUCCGGUUUUUUUGAAAAAAAUAACUAAUGCAACAAAAACUUUUUGGAUCUGGGUACUGCCCGUGGAAAUUCGCGUUCUUCGGGACUAGUAAAUGGCUCUUGAAAAGCUAUUACUCUUUUACGGUAAGAAAAAAAAAUCCCGGAAGACGGCAGACGGCAGACGGAAGAAACAUUCUUUUACGGAAGACGGCAGACGGAAGACGGAAGAAAACUUUUCUCACGGAAGAUGGCAGACGGAAGACGGAACAAAAAAAACCACGGAAGACGGAAGACGGAAGACGGCAGACGGAAUUCCGCUCAACACUGUUACGCAUGUGGACUUAUCAGUGAGUUUUCUGUCGCGCGAUGGAAACGCGCUCCGUCGGACUCAUCUCCAAUUGAAAUUUUCUGUUUUUUCGUUGAUAUUCCAUCAAAACUGUUGUUUUCGCCGCUUGUCUUGUUUUCUAAUCGUACAGAACACAUUUUUUUCAUAUCGUUUCAUCGAAAAACUAGCGAUAAAUAGCCGAUUUUGAGAACUAUCAAUUUUUGAGUCCGUGACAAAAGGUCGGAAAACCAAAAAGGUCGGAAGACAAAAUGUCGGAAAGCCGAAAGGUCGGAAAAAAGUGACAAAAGAUCGGAAAAAAAUGCCAAAAAAUUGGAAAAAAAUGCCAAAAGAUCGGAAAAAAAUGACAAGAGGUCGGAAAAAAGUGACAAAAUGUCUGAAAAAAGUGACAAAAGGUCGGAAAAAAUGCCAAAAGGUCGGAAAAAUACCUGUUUUCUGACUUUUUGUAAUUUUUUUCAGACCUUUUGGCAUUUUUUUCCGACAUUUUGCUACUUUUUUCCGACCUUUUGGCAUUUUUUUCCGAUCUUUUCUCAUUUUUUUUAGAUCGUUUGGCAUUUUUUUUCCAACCUUUCGCAUUUUUUUCCGACCUUUUGGCUUUCCGACAUUUUUGGUUUUCCGACCUUUUGUCACGGACUCCAGUUUUUGCUUGACAUUUUCCUCUGAAACUGCACUGUUUUGCGUACAAUUUUUUGCAAGAUGUGCCAAUUUUCUGGAAGAGUGUCCUCUGUAUGAUUUUCGAACAGGAAAAGUCGAAAAAAUGAGCAUUUUUGAAGAAAUGUCAGCUGAGUGCAGCGGAGGGCGUUUGCUUCGCAGUCGGAAAUGAUAAAAAGUUUCAGAGUGCCGCCCACUUGGCCGCCGUUCCUCAAUUGA